AUGUCCUCGGCGAAGGAUUUCUCUUGCAUCGGAGGUCUCGAGAAACAUAUCAGAGUGGUUAAAGAAACGGUUCUGUUCCCACUGAUGUAUGGCGACGUGUAUGCGAAGUUCAACCUGAAACCACCGAGAGGCUUGCUUUUUUAUGGGCCUCCUGGUAAUUAUACGAACGCGUACAUAUUUUCAAUACAGUUAGGAGUUUGUAUAUUAGAAGUUCGGCAUUUAUUAUUUCGGAUAAAUGAGAUUCUACCGUAUUGGCAGUACGUGUACCAUCGUCUGAAAGCGGCUUUACGGUUUUGGGGACUGCGGGAAGUGAACGGCACAGGGAAGACUCUCGUAGCCAGCGCCUUGGCUGUAGAGUGCAGCAACUCGGAACGUAAAGUUUCGUUCAUAUCCCGUAAGGGUUCCGACUGUCUCAGUAAAUGGGUUGGUGAAAGCGAAAAGAAACUUCAGAAAAUUUUCUCAUUGGCUCAACAAUCAAAACCUUGCAUCAUCUUUUUCGAUGAAGUCGACGGGUUGGCACCCGUAAGAUCUAGCCGACAAGACUUUGUGCAUGCCAGUAUCGUUUCCACUCUCUUGGCCUUGAUGGACGGCUUGGAGAACAAUUCAGAGAUCAUAGUAAUUGGAGCAACGAACAGAAUCGAUGCUAUAGAUCCAGCGUUAAGGAGGCCCGGUCGGUUUGACAGAGAGUUAUACUUUCCGUUGCCAUGCUACAAUGCGAGAAAGGAAAUACUUUUGGUGCACAUUAAAACUUGGAAGCACAAACCACCACAGAAGUUUCUGGCUUAUCUAGCGUCAAAGACGGUUGGUUUUUGCGGCAGCGAUUUGCAAGCACUAUGCGCUGAAGCUGUCAUGUGCUGUGUUCGAAGGAAUUACCCGGAAAUAUACACUUCGAAAGCGAAAUACCAGAUUAGCGAACGGCACCUUAAAGUCGAGAAACAAGAUUUUCUGAAGGCUAGACAAAACAUCGUACCAGCGUCCCACCGCGUUUCGGUCGCGCCUGUGAAAUCUUUGUCGUUUAAGAUACAGCCUCUGCUACAAGAUAAUUUGUCACGCAUUCUGUCACAGCUCGAGAUCCUUUGCCCAACAGGAAUGUUAAUCUGCGACGUCAUCACUGGCAGAGCUCCAUCCAGAUCGACCAGCUGCCCGAGAAUUUUAUUAUGCGGCAACGAUGACUCCCACACUCGUCAUCUGGGACCAGCAUUGCUUCAUACUUUGGAACACCUCCCUUGUCAUGUGUUAGACGUUACGACAUUAUUCGAGGAAACUGGCAAAGCUGCAGAAGAAGCCAUCAUUCAAGUCGCUUCUCUAUUCGACAAGCAUCGAGGCGAAAUGUUUGAAAUUGUGCCACCGGCAGAGCAGGAACGUGAAUCAUUCUUCAAACAAUUAUUCAUCCAUUCGGCAGACGAUAUUGAAUCAAAUCAAUCUUCGCAAGUAGAUUAUAGGCAAAUUGAAACGCAUCCAAAGAAGGCCAAGGAGGGAGGAAAGAAGCGGAAAUCGAUCUUGCAAGCUAAUUGUUCGGAGAAUUCAACAACACAAGAUGCGUCAUUAUCACGGAGGCCGAAACUUGGAAUGAAAACUCGUAAUAAACUCUGCACCGUACGGUCCACUCAAUUAACAAAAAUUAAUAUCAAGAGGAAGACAAGCGCUUCUGGAGAAGGACCGUUACCGAAACGCUCAAGAAACACUUCCGCUGGAAGUUUGUCGGCAUCGAGUAACGAGAAAUUAAACGAUUCCCAAUCGGAAGAGUUGCUUCAGAAAAUUACCACAGCAACGGAAGCCUGGUCCUGUCUUGAUUUGGAAACUCUUUACGCAUCUCUGGAAUUAGUUUUCGAGAAAACCGAGGAUGGCCUACAUUCAGCAGUGGAAGAAUGUCUCAAACAAUUUCAGGAAUUAAAGAGAACAAAAGUGCACGUGAAGAAGGAGGAGAGCUGAAUGCUGACUAGAUGGCGGAAAUAUCGUUGCACGUGAACACACCAUCGCCACGAGCAAUGCACCC